CAGUUAUUUAAUAAAUUAAUAGAAAAGAAAGAAUAAAAAAAAUAAAACAAAUGGUAUAAAAGAGAACAACCUAAAACGUUUUUUCUUCUUUCUUUCCAGACAUGGAGCUGAAAAACGUUUACGAACGUUACCAGGCGAGACUAAGAAAUUCCGCCUUCUUGGGUGUCGUCAGCAUAGGCGCCUUGGCAUCCUGCUGUCUGCUGGGGGCCAUGAUACCCAGUUCUCAUGUUCACGAAUGGAGUGAAGCGGCGAUCAUACUGACCUGCUAUUUCGUGUUCCUUCUGCUCAUUAUCGGGAUGGCGCAGCAGGUCUUCACCGCUAACAUUAGCGUUAUCUCAGCCAUCCUCGCUACGACCUUCUGGCUCAUCACCGCUAGCAUUUUGGUGAGCGUGGGCAUCAUCCACCAGCCGAAGAGCUCUGCCCACCUCACCCCCCCUGCUUUCCUGCUGGUACUCAUCACCCAUACCACGGUGCCACUGCGCCGUGCCCAUACCCGAAUUCUGGCUGGUAUCUCCACUCUGCUGCCCUUGGUAACGAUGCUCGCUUCGCCAGGCCUGACGUGGGGCGUAAGGCAGGCUGUGGGCUACGCGCUGACGAUGCUCGCUGCCAACACCCUGGGCUGGUGGCUGGAGUGGGAGGCCGCGCAGGCACUCGAGAGCGCCAGGACUUCAUCCCACGAGCUCAUAGACUUCAGGGUGAACCUCGAGUGCGAGAGGGACAGGCAGGAGCAGCUUCUCCAGUCUGUGAUCCCCGCUUAUAUCGCCGAGGAGGUGAAGCGCCACAUGAUGACUCGUCAGAUCGGACCGCCAAGAAAGCAGUUUCGAGACCUGUACGUUCAACGUCAUAAUAACGUCAGUAUCCUGUACGCCGACAUCGUCAACUUCACGCCACUGUCGGAACAGCUGAGCGCCAGCGACCUCGUAACUACACUCAACAACCUCUUCGGGAGUUUUGACCAAAUAGCCCAGGAUAACCAGUGUUUACGUAUUAAGAUUCUCGGUGACUGUUACUACUGUGUGUCCGGCCUGCCCGUGUCAAGACCAAACCACGCUGUCAACUGCGUUAAAAUGGGCCUGGAAAUGAUCAAUGCUAUAAGAAUCGUCCGCGACAAAGUAGGCCUGAACGUCGACAUGCGCAUCGGAAUACACACCGGAAAUGUACUGUGUGGCAUCCUCGGCCUUCGCAAGUGGCAGUAUGACGUUUGGUCCGAUGACGUCACGCUCGCUAAUCACAUGGAGUCGGGAGGUGUUCCUGGGCGAGUCCACAUCACCCGCGCGACCUUGGCUCAGCUGGACGACAAAUACCAGGUCGAGGCGGGCCACGGCCACCUCAGAGACCAGUACCUCGCUGACCAUAAGGUGGAAACGUUCCUGGUGGUCGCGAGCAAGAUCCCCAAACUGAAGUCGACCAGCAAGAUGACGAAAUGCGUGGAGUGUUGGGGGGCAGACACCCCCUUCGCCUCACUCAAGGAGGGAACGAAGGCGAAGAAUCUCAAACUAACGUGUGUUUCGACGAUCGAGUCCAGUAUCAUGCCCCAAGGACACCUGCUGUUCGACUGCAAGUCGUGGUACAGCGGCUGGUGGGGAUGCCAGAAGGAGAUUGAGUACAGACGCAAGCCUGACCCCAUUCACCACUACGCCCUCGCUGUUGCGUCUCUCCUGGUGAUCCUGAUUGCAGCUCUCGUGGCCACGGCGCUUCCCGCGAGGUUAUGGCAGCUGUGGAUCGCCGUGGCCCUGUGCGCGGGAGUCGUCCUCCUGGUGGCCCAGUGGUCGUGGUCAUGUGGCCGUAAGACCGUCAUACGCAAGUGGUGGGCCAGAAUUGUCACGUCUGCCUGCGUGGUGAUUGCUGGUACUCUUCUGGCCUUGUCGUGGAUAGUUGUUCCGGAAUCAGCUGGAGAACAAAUGACGAUCGAAUCACUGCCGGUGAACGUGAACACUUCCCUGCCAAUCCUGACGCCGCCUGAACGUGUUCUGCAGAACGCUGAGCUAUGGAUAUGGGCAUGCGUGAUCUCCAUCGGCGUGGCGGCUGUCUUCCCCCGCAUCGGCGCCCUCACCAAGCUCUUCGUCAUGCUGUUGGUCACGGGCGCUCACGUCUUUGCCUUCAUGCACUCCGAGAACCACCUUCUGCUGCCGUUCCUGACGCAUACGUACAUGAACUUCCCCGGCGUCCCGUGGUGGGCGGUGAUGGGCGUCCAAGCCAUGAUGCUGAUGGGCGUCCUCGGCGUGCUGGGCGGCCAGAGCGAGGCAAGGGCGCGGGCGCAGCACACGUGGGCGUACCAGGUUAUGGAAGAACAGGAGAAAGUGGACCGAAUGAAGAACGUUAACAAGAUACUCCUCGAGAACAUCCUGCCGGUGCAUCUGGUGGAUCGGUUUAUCUGCGAUACGCCCAAGGAACUCUACCACGAGCGAUACAGCAGCGUGGGUGUCAUGUUCGCCUCAAUCCCCAACUACAAGGAAUUUUAUGACGAAACCGACGUAAACAAACAGGGCCUCGAGUGUUUACGUUUACUGAACGAGAUUAUUUACGACUAUGACGAGCUGUUGGCGAAGCCGAAAUUUAGCGUCAUCGAAAAAAUCAAGACCAUUGGCAGCACGUACAUGGUAGCAGCUGGUCUUCAUCCGGGCAAAGAGAACGAUUUUGAAAAUGCGAGAGACAGGACAGAGUACUGUUUAGUUCUGCUCGUGGAGUUUGCGCUGGCUAUGGCGGCUGCGCUGGAUUCCAUUAACAGGGAGAGCUUUCAGAACUUCAAACUGCGCGUUGGCCUAGCACACGGCCCCGUCAUCGCUGGUGUCGUGGGCGCUCAGAAGCCGCAGUACGACAUCUGGGGGAACACUGUGAACGUUGCUUCGAGGAUGGAUUCCACCGGCGUCAUGGGCAGAAUACAGGUAACUGAGGAGACAGCAGCCAUCUUCCAAGGAGCCGGCUGGAAGUGCGAGUGUCGCGGGCCGCGCGCCAUCAAGGGCAAAGGCACCUUGGUUACCUACCUGGUGACGACGCCUCAGGACCCGCCCGCUUCGGAGCUCCGCAACGCAGCUUCUGCCUACGCCAUGAGACCUGAAGAAGGUGCUCUGCUCCGCCGACCCACAGCUGCAUCAGUCAGAGACGUGCUCACUGUAGGAUCGAAUCCUCUUCCACCAAGGCCUCCCCAGAAGGAUUCUUCUCCUGUUCCUGCAGGAGGAUCGGGUGCCAGCGCUCAGAGGGCGUCGGAGGCAGUCCCCAUCCAGAAGAUCCUUGUGACGGCCAAGAACAUCGAUGUGAGGAGCGGGAACGUGAGCGACGCGGUGAGUAGCAUGGCCUUUCGAGACAAUGAAGACGCCCUUUCGGGGGCAGGAAAGGCCACGGCAGGAGGGCCUUCUGAGACAUCCGUGGAAACCAACAUCGCUAGGGGCGCCCGGAGGUCACAAGGGAGCCAGUGCCUCGAAGAGCAACAAGGAACCACUGCAAAUUCGUCUUUGUCAAAUCCCAACGUGCAGGCGUAUGCGACUAACACUUCCGACGGCGUUACCUUGACUAAAGCGAACUUGACACGUGUGAAUAAUUCUCACCCAGUGACAAAACAGGCAACAGAAACGCUUUCUUCCGCGCCAGAAAAUUCAGCGCAACCCGUUUUAGCCAAAGACAGCACAGCAGGAAGCACCACAGCGAACCUGAACAGAACGUCAUUUGAGAGACAAACCAAUUCUAAGCAUGAGAAAAAGGCUGCAGACUCCUUUGUUUUGUUAGAUACGAGAGACUUCACGCAACCUUCUCUCACUUACAUUGACGAGUGCAGUGAAAUAAAAGAAAACGGCAUAGAAACCAAAUUCCAGGGAGAACUUUCGGAAAAUAUGAGUAUCUAUGAAAACCCGACAGAUGGCGUGCAGCAACCCGCGGUGACGAACAAAAAUGCUACCAAAUACGAAGCUAUGCAAAAGAGAAAUGGCCAUUCAGGGGCCAGUGUGGAAGACAUUAACGAAACCGAAGGAGGCCACAACGCUUAUCCGGGAAAGUCCACUCCUUCGGAAAGAGCAUCCCUCUUGCCGAAAAUAACGAGAGGAAAAUCCGUAGAAAUCUUUUCCUCGGCAGAGAACAACAGAACCACCGGAGACCCAACGAAGAGGAGAAUCUCGGUGGCUAACUGUGUGAGCGAAGCUAAGGUAACUCUUAUGAACUAUGGCGAAUGUCGUGAAAAUGGUUCAAAGGGCAGAGAGGGCGCCGUGAGUGAAGGCUCGGUCACUAAAGCGUCCCAUGUGCUGGCAAGCGAUAUUAUUCUCAGGAAGAAAAAUCAAGUCUUUGUGUAAUGGCAGGCGACAUUCAUUAAGAAGAGUAAAUAUAUAUAUAAAUAUAUUUUUAAAUGACAAUAAAUAAUAAAGACUCGCAGGUUUGCUGUGCAGAUUUGGAAAGCACCAGGAACUUCGGCAUUCCCCAAAGAAAAGAAAAAUGGAAAAGAGAAAACAGCAAAUAAAUAUAUAUACUCUUAUUUGCAAAUGAAAUAGUUUAAACCCUCGAACUUCCUAUGAUAGAUAAACAGCAAACUACUAACAAAGAAGAGGCUUGAGGUUUCCACAAGUCGAGUAGGCAUAUUUUACAGUCGUUCAGCAAGAAUUAAGUAAGAACCCGUACACACUCACACAGCAACAACAAACAAACACACACACACAACAACAACAAACAAACACAACAACAAUAAACAUGCACACACACACACACACACACGCGCGCGAGGGUCUAAAUUGUUUUACUUUGAAUAUCAGCAAAGAUACGUAGGUGGUUUUUGAGAGGACGGCUCAACUGAAAAGUUGGUGAUGUAUAUAUGGAGCAAAACUGCUUCCUGCAGCUCUCCUUGUUGCUAUACAUAUCAGUUCUGGGAAUUGCCUAAUUGGUGUUUGUUAGAUAAAGUAUUAGCCAUUGGCAACACCGUGACUACAGAGACCACGCGGCAGGACUUUCGAACAAAUGAAUAAAGACAGUAUGCAAACCUUGGAUCCUUUUUCUAUUAGUAGCAAAUUUCAUGUUCGCGUUAUGUACAUAGCCUGGGUGUCCAAAAAUAAAUGUGAUAUUAUAAUUCAGUAUAACUGUGUGCAAGUUUGAAAGAUGAUUGUGAUUUGUGGUUUUAAGCUACAAACUUGCAGUUCAGAAACACUGGAAGAAAGGAAUUUUACUUUUAGGAAUAUUGAAAUGGUAACACACUG